AUGGAUCAUAAAAUCCAGAAAACGAUGGAAGAACCACUGUCAGUCAAUGUUUUUGAUACCAUUGUCGGUACAGGUACAUCGAUAAGUGGUAUAAAUGGUCAGUUUAUUUUCGCCCAAGUUAUCAUGGAUUGUCUUCUACGGCUGAAAUAUACUCAGACAGAUAAAGCUGAACUUAUUGAUCGUUGCAAAGCGCAGUAUGAAGGUAAUAUUGAGGAGUUGAACAAUGUUCUUGAAUUUGAAAAGUAUUAUUCAUCUGAUAAAGCCUUAUUAUGGUACACACGAGAGACAUUCUUGUACAAAACUGUUAAUGCAGCACUGCGAAAGCAAGAUAUUCAUAUGAUAUUUUUAUUUCGUGAAUUUAUCUCUGAUAUUAUACAUCAAUCGAAAUGCUGUCCAAUUAAACACCCUCUACGAGCUUAUCGUGGCCAAAGGAUGUCAAUUGAUGAACUGAAAGCUUUGAAAAAAAUGUGUAGUCAUUUUAUUUCUGUGAAUUCAUUUUUUUCCACUACUACUGAUGACCAAAAGGCUUGUGACUUUCUCGAUCCUUCCAAUACUGCAAUCAAUACUGAGCCAGUAUUAUUUAAAAUCGAUGCCGAUCCUGAACGGGUUCCUAUAAAACCAUUUGCCGAUGUCAGUGCUCGUAGUGAAUAUCCUGGGGAAUACGAAAUACUAUUUAUGCCUGGAUCUAUUUUUCGUUUGGAAAGCAUUGAUCGCAGUUUCCAUGGUCGAAUAUGGGUCAUCCAAAUGACUUUAUGUAAUGAUGAUGAACAUGAAUUUAACAAUGUGUUUUUAUUUAUGAAACAGCAAUCUGGAAGUGGAGAAACAAAUCUUCACACACUAGGAAAAAUAUUACGGGACAUGGGUAACCAUGUUCUAGCUGAAAAAUAUUUUAAACGCUUCAUCGAACAACUCUCUUCUGAAGAUAUUUUACUUGUUGAUUUAUAUAAAGAUCUUGAUAAACUUCUAUCUCAGACCGGUAAAUGGGACGAAAGUAAUGAAUGGCACAACAAAGCUUGCACCCUUACAAAACAACAUUCAUUAAUUUCCCGCUCUAGUAUUGAUAUGGAAAGCAAGUCUCUAGGUAGGUCACCAACAGAAAAUACAUUAUAUUGA